AUGGCAUUUCUUACAGAAGAAUUUUGCGCAAUGACUGCAUCAACCGCGUCCGAUCGGACUAUAGAAAAUGAAGACCUAGCCCGUGCAUCAUGUCGCCACUCACAGAUAAACGCCAUUGUGCGCAGUGCUCAACAAUUGGUCACAGCUUUAGCUAAUUUGUACAACUUCGAAAGACCAAGGUCGACGAACUCCUUCAUUGGUGUAGCGUCAAUUAUGGCUGCAUGUAUCAGAACUUUGGCUUUGAACCUGCUAUUCACAACCAUCAAUGGUGAAAACACCACAGACGGUGGAAUCAGUGAUAUCAGCAAUAAAUGUAAUGACACUACGGAGGAAGACGGAGAUAAUGACGUGCAAUCAUUUGUCUCAGGGGAUUCUACUAAAGAAUAUGUGAAGCGGGCCAAGGCGUACCGUGCGGGAUUCCCGCCUGACCAGGUCAUUCCGACCAAAAACGUUCGUCUCCAGAAUGGAGAGGUGGUCGAGGGAUCGGACAUUGACUUGGAAAAAGGUGUCGUGUGGAACAAAAACGGCGAAAUCCCGUGUCUGAAGAACGAGAUUGCACGAAAGUCUAAAUUGGAGAUAUUACCGACUGACGACCAGUGCGAACCUUCAUCUGCUGUUCAGACAACCACCGACGAGGACGAGUUCGAUUACGACGCACUUAAGGAGAUACCUUCCGAACAUAUCACGAUAGCGAUAUUCUGUGCGCUACCCUAUGAGAGUGUGGCGGUAAAGUAUAGUCUAGACGAGGAAUUCUCAUGCCGUUCAAAAGCCUUAGGGCCACAGAGAUACAUAUAUUCUUUUGGUCGUAUCAGAAAUCACAAUAUUGUGAUAGCUCGGCCUCAUCAAAUGGGAACUGUGAAGGCCGCCCAAUGUGCUUCAACCGUCAGCCAGCAGUUUCCCAAUAUCCGAUUUGCGUUGAUAGUUGGCAUUGGAGCCGGUAUACCCAACCUUCCAGAACAUGAUAUUCGACUAGGCGAUGUCGCUAUUAGUAUUCCCCAAGAAAAUCAUCCCGGCGUCAUCCAAUAUGACUUUGGGAAAUAUGAGAAAAAUACAUUCGUUCUUAAAGGAUCUCUUGAUAAGCCUCCACCAAUUUUGAUCAGUGCAGAUGGAUCACUGGUGGAAGAUGAAACAAUGAAACGGAGUCCUUUAAAAAGAAUCCUGAAAAUUAUCGAAAAGAAAUCCGGGUUUUCACGACCAAACACAGCCGAUGUUCUGUUCGAACAGGAUUUCCAUCACGUCAAGGAGAGCGGUGAUUGCAGUAGUUGCGAGACUUCUAGGGAAAAGAAAGUUGUUUAUCGUCAAUCUCGCGAUAACAGGUACCCUGUGGUCCAUCGAGGUCUUAUUCUCUCCGGGAGUGGUGUUAUAAAGAACCCAUUGGAUCGCGAACGGCUACGCCGAGGUCACAAAGAUGCAAUCUGCUAUGAAAUGGAAGCAGCCGGCAUUAUGGAUGAAAUCCCUUGCCUCGUUAUUCGAGGGAUAUGCGACUACGCAGAUACCCACAAACAGGAUGGGUGGCAUCACUAUGCGGCGGCUGUUGCAGCAGCCUACUGCAAAGCUAUUAUCAGCAAGGUAGACCAUCAAGACGUCGAACAGACGAGUAACCUGAAAAUUGACUUGACGAAACUACCAAUUGCUGAGGGGGCUUCUUUCGGCUCUUUUGACAACCAGCAUGAAGAAGAAUGCCUUCCUGGAACACGGGUUGAACUUCUCCAGUAUAUUUCUGAAUGGGUUGACGACUUGCAGGGCAAAGGUAUUUUCUGGUUAAAGGGGAUGGCAGGGACGGGAAAAUCGACAAUAUCACGUACAGUGGCUAGGUCUCUGCAAAAUAAAGCGUUACUUGGCGCAAGCUUCUUCUUCAAGAGGGGCGAGGGUGAUCGAGGUGACGCAAGGAAAUUUUUUCCGACAAUCAUUAGACAAUUAGUGAUCAAAAUUCCUCAACUGAUACCCGGUGUCAAGAAGGUACUUGAGGGUAAUCCAAUUAUUGCAACGCAAUCUUUAACGGAACAAUUUGAUAAAUUGAUUCUUCAACCACUAUCGGACAUUAAAUCGGCCGAUCAUCAGCCAUCUACUAUUAUAAUAGUUAUUGACGCACUAGACGAGUGCAAGCGAGAAGAUGAUAUUCGUGUCAUUCUUCGACUCCUGGCACGAGCACAGGUGCUAAACUCCUCUACACGGCUCCGAUUCUUUUUAACAAGCAGACCUGAAACGCCAGUUCGUCUAGGUUUUCAGAGACUAGCAGAUAAUAAUCGUCAAGAUCUGAUCCUUCACGAAAUUCCUAAGCCGGUCAUACAGCAUGACAUAGGCUUAUAUCUGAAGCACAGGCUGUCAGAAAUCAGAGAGAGCCGAUUCCUUCCUCCUGGCUGGCCUGGAGAGAUUCACAUACAGACUCUGAUUACAAUGUCAGUUCCAUUAUUCAUCUCUGCCGCUACGAUAUGUCGUAUACUAGGAGAUCUUAAUUGGGACCCGAUUGACAGUCUCUCUGAGAUUCUUACACAUCAACACGAAGAAUCUUGGUUAGGCGGAACUUACCUGCCUGUGUUAAAUCGACUUCUCACGAACCAAAUCGAUGCAAAGAAACAGCAGCUGGUCGCCCAAUUUCGAGAAAUAGUUGGUACUAUUAUCUUGCUAUACUCCCCACUUCCAAUAAGCCCACUUUCGGAGCUUACUGGCAUCUCAAAGGACUUAGUUAUAAUCCGACUUGGUCCACUUCACUCAGUCCUUAGCGUGCCAAAUGACGACACUACGCCAGUGAAGCUCUUUCAUCUCUCGUUUCGAGAUUUUCUUCUAGACUCAAAAACUCGUGAGAAGACGCCAUUUUGGAUAGACGAGAAAGAAAUACACCAUAAGCUCUUCAUGCAAUGUCUGAAGAUCAUGGACCGCUAUUUAAAAAGGAAUAUCUGUUUCGUACUAGAAGAGGGUACACAACGUACUGAAAUAGAUGAUCAUUCUAUUAAUCAGUAUCUCCCAUUCGAAUUGGAGUACUCAUGUCGUUAUUGGGCAUAUCAUUUGACUCAAAGCAAGAAUCCAGUCCAUGAAUUAAAUGAUGCUUUUCAAUUUCUUGAAACCCAUUUUCUUCAUUGGGUGGAAGCAAUGAGUAUUUUGAAUAUUAUUUCUGAAGUCGUCGCAGCAAUAGAUAUUUUACACUCAAUUACACAAGAUAUAAAAUCUAAAAUACCACAAUUUCUACAUGAUGCGAAACGGUUCAUUCUUCGAAAUCUACAAAUAGUCGAUAGUUCACCACUUCAACUAUACUCUUCGGCACUCAUGUUCGCUCCAGAAAACUCGAUAGUUAGGCAGAAAUUCAUCAAGGAUCGACCCGAUUGGGUACGCGGGCUACCAAAGGUAGACGAAUCCUGGAGCGCAGAAUUACAAACUCUUGAGGGCCAUUCAGAUAGAGUCGGCUCUGUAGCAUUCUCACCAGAUGGUCUGCUGCUAGCUUCAGGCUCUGAUGAUAGCACAAUCAAAAUUUGGAAUACCACAGGAACUCUACAACAGACUCUCGAAGGCCAUUCAGAUAAAGUCAACUCUGUAGUAUUCUCACCAGAUGGUCUGCUGCUAGCGUCAGGCUCUAAUGAUAGCACAAUCAAAAUUUGGGAUACUACGGGAGCUCUGCAACACACUUUUGAAUCCCUAAUAAAACGAAUUAUGUCUGUAUUAUUUCUACCAGAUAAUCGCUUGCUAGCAUCUGGCUAUACUGGCGGUAUAAUUGAACUUUGGGACACUACCACAAGAUAUCCACUGACUCUUGGCUACCUACCUGACGUGUAUCCUUUGUCUAUGGCAUUUUCCAUCGAUGGCCGGCUGCUAGCGUUAGGUUGCACAAAUGGGAUACUCCAACUCUGGGAUACUAUCUCAGGAACUCUACAUUAUGCUCUUAACGGUCACUCAGAUUCAGUUUUUACCGUGGAAUUCUCACCAGAUGGCCAGCUGCUAGCAGCAGGCUCCAGAGAUAACACUUUUACGCUUUGGGAUACUGUCACAGGAUCUCUAAAGAAGACUUUUAAAUGUGCAGCCACGGUUGGGUCUGUGACAUUCUCGUCGGAUGGACUGCUACUGGCGUUCGGCAACUCUUCGUCGAACAUUCACCUUUGGAAUACUGUUACGGAAGAUUAUCAACAACUUUCUGAAGCCAAUUUUGGUGGAGUCACUUCCAUAAAAUUCUCACCAAAUCGCCAGCUGCUAGCAUCAGGUUCUGCUGGCAAUACAGUCAGGCUUUGGGAUACUUCUAUAUCAGUUUUGCAACAGGCUUCUGAAAAUCACUUAGGUCCUGUGCAAUGUAUAGCAGUGUCGCCAAAUGGCCAGUUAUUCGCAUCAGGUUCUAAUGAUAGAACAAUAAAAAUCUGGGAUUAUACUACAGGAGUCUUACAAAAGACUCUUAAAGGGCAUUUAUCUAUCAUUGAGUCUGUAAUAUUUUCACCAGAUACCCGGCUACUAGCAUCAUGUUCUGAUGAUAAUACAAUAAAGCUCUGGGACACUGCUACAGGAACUCUGGAAAACACUCUUGAAGGACAUUUAGAAGAAGUGUAUUCUGUGACAUUCUCCUCGGAUGGCAAGUUGCUAGCCUCAGGCAGCCAAGAUGGAACUGUUAGGAUCUGGCAGGUUGUUACAGGAGCUCUGCAGAUGACUUUUGAAGGCCAUUUAGAUGGGGUACUUUCUGUGGCUUUCUCUUUAGAUAACCGACUGCUGGCAUCAGGCUCUUUUGAUAACACAAUCAUGAUCUGGGAUGUGGCUACAGGAGCCCUGAAAAAUACUCUAAAAGACCAUUUAGAAGGUGUUUUUUCUGUGGCAUUGUCACCAGAUGGCAAGCUGCUAGCAUCAGGAUCUUAUGAUAAUGAAGCCAAGCUCUGGAAUAUUUCCACGGGAACUCUGCACCAGAGUCUAACCCUUGAUGGUGGGGUUACUGAUCUCAAUUUUACUGAAGACAGCUGUUAUCUGAACACCAAUUUGGGAACCAUCAACAUUCAGACUUCGUAUAAUAAUGGCACCUGGUUCAACUUAUUAUCUGGAACUAAAGUUGGUCUAUUUAUACAAAAAGAUCACUGGUAA